AUGCAGGAGGCCGAAACUUUUGAUGAAACCUUAGAUAUCGGAGAGGACGAGGCCCCUUAUCUCGUGCCACGUCUUUCCGCUUACUCCCCUCCUGAGGCGAUGGAGGAAAGGGAAAUUGGGAUGGAUAGCAGCGUCCAUGAUACCGAGAACGACAGCGAUUCAGACGAAAGUAAACUAGGCACCACAUCGCAGGACGAACGGCUGGCGGAGGCAGAUGAAAUAAUCUCAGAGAAUUCGAAUGAAAAGGAAUAUACCAAUCUUCAUGAAGCACGCGAAACGACAGCGGAGGUUUCGAUGCCGAUCGGUGGUGAUGAGUGUUUAAAAUCUGCUGAACAGAUGCCUGUUGAUGAAACCCUUUCCAUGAACUGUGAAAGGGUUGAGGAGGCGACGUAUGAUGUGGAUGAUGGUUCGUCUGCGUUUGACACGAACGACGCUCCCUCCCAGUGCCCCACCGGCGGCGAGCGGCCGCGAGCCGACGAAAACGACGACGGUAGUCCGGAUGUUUCGUUUUCUGCAAGGGCCACCGCCGCGGCGCGGGUGGACUGGACGGCGCUUUUCCCACUAAAUAGGGUGCGCGAGAUCCUGCGGUGUGAGGGCGGCAGCUCCAUCAUAUCAAGGGAGGCUGCAAACGCCGCCGGCGAGGCGGCGGCGCUGUUGCUUCGGGAUAUGGCCAAAGCCGCCGCCGGUGAGGCGGUCCGUAGCGGGCGCAAGACGAUCACUUACGAUGACGUUUCCCGCCUCGCUCAGCUUUUUGAUCGGUUUUCCUUCCUUCUGGAUGUCAUCCCACCCGCCACGACGGCGAAUCUUAACCCCGUGAACUCAUCCCACGCGGACCGAAAGCACCGUGUAUCCAAGCGGAAGAGCAUGAUGAAACCCGGGAUGCCUGUCAAAGUGUCUGAGGCGUUGCCAGAGCGAAGCGUGAAUAUUCAGAAAGAUGGGACCCUACUAGGGUGCACAAAGUUAGGCGAGGGGAGUUUUAAGACCGCCACACUGCAUGCAAGCCACGCAUCUGUCGGGAUAGGGUCACUGGAUCAUAAAAAGCAACGGUUUUAA